GUUGAGCUCUUGAUUCUUAUAGCAGGCCGUCCACAUCUCCUUCUGAUUCAAUAUGUUCACGUUUGCAGCUGGGUUCGCUCACCCGUGGCCCGCUGGCUCCCGCUCGAGCUACGGAGAGGUAACCGAUGAACCAUGUGACUAUGGCCUAAGCACACAACAGUUUAUCACAGCAGAUUUCCAGGAGGACAUCUGGGACCAGAUGACACAUGAGAUUGCCACGAGUGUGGCUCUAUCAGCAUUGGCAAUGCCACGGAUGGGCCGUCAUGAGCAGAUUAUACCAAACUUGGAAUCAUGGAAUACUCACUCAUGGUGCAGAUGCCACGCGCCACGAUGUUGGUUUCAUCCCGCCCCGAUCCUUCCACCAAGACUUGCAAAGCAAGGAGCAUGCUAUGGCUCCUCGAGUAGGCAAUGCGCACUUCAGUCCACCUUUGCGAUGGCAAUGCCUCGUCCGAUGCGACAUCGCGCAUCUGAAAUUCGUCAUUCGACAACACCUUUGCCGCCAGUGGUGACUCCGCCUCCUAUGCAGCCCAUAUUGCUAUAUUCAGAAGUGGUACGUGGUGUGAAGGUCACAGGGUUGCAGAGCGAGAAGAAUGCGUGUUACAGUCCCAGUUGCAAGUCAGCCUUUCCGCCUCCGCGGAAGCCUAAGGCAGCGCGAAACUCAGGAAAGAGAACAAAACAAGUGCAGAGCUCCCAGUGCUGGUGGAUACUCAAGUACUGACACUGUCGAAGGCUGCCGGCAGU